UAUUCCUCGUACCUCGUUGUGCCUUGUACAACGGCUAUAACUUGUCACCGAUUUUCAGUAGUUCUUCGGGCGUCUUAUCAAGUUGCACGUAGUUAUACAGUAAUAUUCCUAGUGUUUUUACAGUGUAUAUAAUGUGCCGAUUAUCUACGUACAUUCAAAUUACAGUCAAACGUUUUCUACAAUAACAUCUUGUUAUCAACGCUAUCUACUCGUGCGAUUUCAAUGAGAUUGCAAGGUGUACGAGAAUUUAUUUAUUAUUUCGACGGAUGUCGGCGAACACAUUCUUUCAUUUUGUGUCAGUAGAAAACGAAAAGAGCCUCGAAAGGAAAACAUAUAUGUACAUAUAUUUUAAUAAAGUGAGGUGAAAAGCAAGUGACAUGUCUGGAAGGGCAAAUCUGGCAUUUGAAGACACUCAAUUAAAUACAUUAGAAGAUGGUCGCCAGCGAAGUGAACCUAUUAUGCAUCAGAAUACUAAUUCUUAUCGUGAAGCAAGAAAGCCUUGGGCGACUAACAGUAAUGCAAUCAAUGCUUAUCUCUCAAAACAUCAAAGGGUUUUUAAGAUCUUUGGCUUGAUAGUUUUAAAUCUUCUUAUCAUAGUCUAUUUAGUCUUUGCAGGCAUAUAUUGGAAAAAUAAACAAAAAAAUGCAAAUUGCGAUUUUCAAUGGUGCGAAGGCUUUGGGUUUCUGCUCAUCCUUACAGGACUUAUUUAUUUUGGUUUAUUUUAUUUUUUGAUUAUAAAACGAUAUUUUGGGAAGUACAUUUUACAAUGCUGUCAACCAGCAAUAAAUUCUUUAAAGCGCUUACAAAGUACCAAAUAUGGGACGCGCAUCGGAGCGACGGUUUUCUACUUAAUUAUACUAAUAGCUAUCAUUACUUUUCUUAUCAUCGAUACCGUAAAUUCAAGAGAGAGGCUGAUUAGUAUUCUCUGUGUUAUCUUCUUGUUGGGAUUAGGUUGGAUAUUCUCUAAACAUCCGGGACAGGUCAAUUGGAGACCUGUUAUUUGGGGCUUGAUAUUACAAUUUAUGCUUGGACUUGUCACACUUCGAUGGCCUGUUGGUCGCAGCAUUUUCCAAUGCGUGUCUGACAAAGUGGCCGCUUUCUUGGAUUACGCUAAAGCUGGCGCUAGCUUUGUAUUCUCAGAAGACAUAGUCAAGAAAGGAGUCUUUGCUUUUGCCGUGCUGCCUGUGAUUUUUUUCUUUAGCUUCAUAACACAAAUUAUGUGCUAUCUGGGUACAAUGCAGUGGAUCAUCGUAAAAUUAGGAUGGAUUCUGCAAAGCAUAAUGGGCACAACGCUGUGUGAAUCGUUAUCCACCGUUGCUAAUCCUUUCAUUGGAAUGUCAGAAUCCCCACUUUUGAUUAAACCAUAUAUCAAUCAAUUGACUUCCUCUGAGCUUCAUGCUAUAUUGGGCUCGGGAUUUUCUACGGUUUCUGGCUCAGUAUUAGCCGCUUAUAUAAAAUUUGGUGCUGAACCGGCUCAUUUAAUAACCGCUUCCAUAAUGUCUGCACCGAGUGCUUUAGCCUAUUCCAAGUUAUUUUAUCCAGAAACUGAGCAAAGUGUCACGAAAUUCGAAAAUAUUAAACUUGAAAAAUCGUCGGACAGUAAUAUUUUGGAUGCCGCAACGAAUGGCGCAUUAGCCGCACUCCCAAUCGUUUUGGGCAUAGUCGCGAAUAUCGUAGCUUUUGUGGCCUUCAUUGCAUUUGUAAAUGGAAUACUCUCAUGGUUCGGUGGCCUGGUUGGUUACGAACAACUAAGUCUCGAGGUGAUAUUGGCGAAAGUUUUUAUGCCACUGAGUUGGAUCAUGGGCGUUCCUUGGGAACACUGCGAAGACGUGGGGACGUUGAUAGGUUUGAAGAUAGUGGUGAAUGAAUUAGUCGCUUAUCAAAGGCUGGGCGAAUACAAGGACCUGGGCCGAAUAUACGGAAGAUCGGAAGCAAUAGCCACAUUCGCGAUCUGCGGCUUCGCGAAUCCAAGCUCAAUUGGCAUCCAGGUCGGCACUUUUUCAUCUUUGGCGCCAGAGAAGAAAGAGCAAGUAAUUGAUGUCGUUGUGCGAGCUUUUUUUACUGGUACCGCCGUCUGUUUUCUCACAGCCAGCAUCGCCGGUAUGUUAAUUGAGGAUACUUCAUUAUACUCCACAAACGCUACAACGCCAACACCAAAUUCCACUUCAACGACACUAACUUCGUUAAAUAUAAUUUAAAAAGUUAUAUUAAGAAAUUGUGUCACAAUAUUAUAUACAAUCGUAUUAAAAUUCACAUAUUUUGGUCUCAUC